UCUUCUUACUCAUCUUUAUUGUUAUUGUUAUUUACAUUUUUUUCUUACAUCCUUGUAAGUGAAAAGAAAGAUGUUGGUGCCGCAAGAAAUGAUGGCGGCUCAAUCAAAGAUGCUUUAUCAAAUCAACAAGUAUUACGGGGAACGCGUGCAAGCUCGUAUGGGACAGGUACAAAAGACGAUAAGGGAAGUUUGUAAGGUAGUGCAGGAUGUGUUAAAAGAGGUUGAGGUACAAGAACCACGCUUCAUAUCCUCAUUGACCGAGUGCAACGGUCGUUACGAGGGUCUAGAAGUGAUUUCGCCUGGUGAAUUCGAGGUGGUACUUUACCUUAAUCAAAUGGGCGUCUUCAACUUUGUCGACGAUGGCACCCUGCCGGGUUGCGCCGUUUUAAAGCUUAGCGACGGCCGCAAGAGGUCCAUGUCACUUUGGGUAGAAUUCAUCACCGCUAGCGGUUACUUGUCCGCGAGAAAGAUCCGAUCAAGAUUUCAGACCCUGGUGGCCCAAGCAUGUGACAAGUGUACUUAUCGAGAUUCCGUUAAAAUGAUAGCGGAUACGACCGAAGUUAAGCUACGUAUUAGAGAGAGAUACGUUGUUCAAAUCACGCCGGCAUUCAAGUGUUCCGGUGUGUGGCCAAGAUCGGCGGCUCAUUGGCCAAUGCCACAAAUUCCCUGGCCUCAUCCUAAUCUCGUCGCAGAAGUCAAAACUGAAGGUUUCGAUCUUCUUUCCAAGGAGAGCGUUGCGUUACAAGGGAAACAAUCGGCAAUGGAAGGAGAUGCCUGGGUGUUGAGUUUUACCGAAGCCGAGACAAGACUUUUGCAGGGUGGUUGCCGACGCAAAUGUUUGAGCAUCCUGAAAACUCUCAGAGAUCGACACCUUGAUCUUCCUGGCAAUCCCGUUACGAGUUAUCAUAUGAAGACCUUACUCCUUUACGAGUGCGAAAAACAUCCUCUUGAAGCUGAAUGGGACGAGGCUUGUUUGGCCGAUCGAAUGAACGGCAUUUUCUUGCAACUUAUUUCCUGCCUUCAAUGUCGAAGAUGUCCACAUUAUUUUUUACCAAAUCUUGACUUGUUCAAAGGAAAAUCACCCAGUGGUUUGGAGAACGCCGCUAAACAAGUUUGGAGACUGACCAGAGAAUUGUUGACUAAUAGCCGUGCUCUCGAGAAACUUUAGCGAUCCUUCCUUGAACGCAACAUAUCUUUCGCGAUAUUUCAAUGAUAAAAGGAAAGAUGAAAGUGCACUAAAAUAAACUAUUCUUGAAAUAAGAACCUUACUUUACUUCGCUACAUCACUUCGUGCAAUAACAUUAUAUUAAUUCAGUGUAAUUAUUUUUACUUACUUUAGAUAAGAAACAUGUUUGAUUCGAAACGUUGAAGUUUUUCUUUUAACAUAAUGCUUUUCGUUUAACUCGCUAAAUGUUUGGUUUUACAGCCAGACAUCGUACUUUCUCUUACUAAACUCGUUGCCUAUCUACGUCUAUUACACACCAAUGCAAAGCGUAUUGUAAUUCUGUCUCUUGAAAUUUUAUAAAUAAAAUUAAAGAACAUUUAUAUAACCAUUUUUAUCAUCGAGCUUAUGACAAAAGAAAGAACUGCGAUUUCAUUGAGCAUCGUUACGUGUAAAUAAUUUUUGAUAUUAUUUAAAUUAUAUUUAUUAUUAUAUAAUCGAAUCGUGUUAUU